UCCAGUUCCCCCUCUCCCCGGACCCAGGUCCUCCUUUCCCACGUGCAGAAUAUUAGGCAGGCAGGCAAGGCGAUCUCCCCCCCCCCCCCACGCUGCAGUGGUACAGUCCAUUCUGCCGCGGCCGCGCGCAUCCUCGCAUCUUGGGGCGUCCCCGGGGGAGGCGCGUGCUUGCGUGUGAACGGGUUCUGUCUGUCCGCUGUCGGAAUCCGUGUUCUGGGUUGUCCCCCGGCUUGCCUGCCCGUGGGAACGCGUCCCCGUGGGCCCUCGCCACCUCCGGCGGCUGGUUGGCAAAGCCCCGGUGCCCACCGAAGCGACGAAGCGGGCAGCCCGCCGCCUUGGCAGGGCAUGAGCGGACGGCGGGUUCCUGUGCCAAGCUCUGCACGGUGCCAGGAUGAAGGAAAUGCUUCUGGCCGCGAUGCUCCUCGCGGUGCCAGCCAGCUGGGCGGCCCCCAAGGAGGGCGCUAACAGGUCUGAGCCCCUCCCCAGUGCCAGGGAGCCCCCCAUCCCGAACCCCCUCGACCCAGCGCAGGAGUCUGCCAGGUUGAUACAGGAGUACCUGAAGAACGUCGGGCAAGAGGAUGGCAAGGCCAGCGCCAUGAGCAGGAGGCAGGCUCUGUUGCUCCUCUUCACCCUCCACGACUACGACAAGAGCGGACGGCUGGACGGUCUGGAGUUCAUGAGGCUGCUGAGCGAGAUGCCCUCCCAGAAAGACAGUUCGGUGCCGGACUCGGUAGUGCUGAUGGUGGACAACAUCCUGGCGACUCAGGACCUGAACCACGAUGGGCUGCUGGAGCCCUCAGAGCUGCUUCAGGGGCCCUGGCACAGCCAGACCCCCACCCUCCUCGCUGCCCCCAAUGGAGAAGAGGGUGGCGUGCUGCAGGCACCCCCUGGACCUGAUGGGCAAGGCGUCGGCCACCCGGAUCCUCUUGGCCAGCAAGGCACUGCUGAGUCCCCGGCUGCGUCAGAGGCGGCUCAGGACCAGGGCGUGAUGGAGGCCCCCUCGCUGAGCCCCCCGGCACAGAAUCAGGAGGGGGAACCGGGGCAAGGAGAAGCAGCUGAGGCACCUCAGCCCCAGGAGCCUGGGGAGCCUCUCGUGCCAGGAGACUGAAACACCCCCCCCCCGAGAGAAAGGGGGCCCAGCGGAGGAGGACUGAAAAGCAGAGGCUGCACAGGGUGGCAAAGUGAUGCCCGGCCACCCAUCACCUAAAACCACUGUUGGAAGGGGCACUGAGGGCCAACUUCUGGCAACGCAGGAAUCACAACUAAAGACUCCUUGGCAGAUGGCCGUCCACCUUCUGCUUAAAAAUCUCCAAGGAUGGAGAGUCCAUCGCCUUCGGAGGGAGUCUCUUCCACUGUUGAGCAGUUUUUACUGACAUAAAGUUCUUCCUGUUGUUUUUGUCAGAAAUACAUUUAUUGCCAUUUGAA